AUGUCAACCAGAAUUAGGAUAGCGCUUGUUGUGAAUCUGUUAUCUCUUAUAUUUUCAACAACUAUAGUUGAUUCCAAUCAGAGUACAGUACCUCUCAGAUCUUUUAAGAUAAGCGAAAAUGUUACAUAUGAUUGCAUAGAUAUUUAUAAGCAACCAGGGUUCAAUCAUCCUUUGCUCAAAACCCACAAAAUUCAGAUGAAAUCAUCAAUCUCAAGACCUGAGUUAAAGAUGCAAACUGGCAAAAACGAAACAUCUAACAAAACGAAAUUAGAAUGUCCAAAUGGAACUGUUCCUAUAUUGAGAAAUACAAAAGGAUUUGCCACUAACUCACAAAUCUUUGCUGAGAAGAAUUUUCAUUCGCUAUCAGCAGAUAGUCCUGGAAUGCAUAUUGCUGGAGUAAGAUCCAAUGGUCUAUUUCGUGGUAUACAAGCUUGGUUUAGUGCAAAUGCGCUAAACGUGGGAAAGGAUCAAGUCUCAUAUAGUCAAAUAUAUAUAGGCAGUGGAUCGGAAAACCAAGUCAAUUAUAUCUCAGCGGGUUGGAUGAUAAAUCCAAGUUUAUAUGGCGACCAACGUGUUUGGACUUUUGGAUUUUGGAAGGGCAAGGAUGGGAAAGGAUGUUACAAUACAGCAUGUUCAGGGUUUGUUCAAGUAUCAAAGGUGAUUCCAAUUGUUGAGCCCUCUGUUCUUAAGCCAGGGGUCCCCGGCUGGUUGCGUUAUUCCAUUCAUCAGGUUAUUACUUAUAAUCAGGAUAAAAAUACAGGAAACUGGUGGAUUACACAACUUAAGGAAAAUGCACCUAAUGAAGAUAUCGGUUAUUGGCCAAAAGAAUUAUUUAAUCUUCUAGACAAUGGUGCAAAUAUGGUUGGAGCUGGUGGUGUUGUUCAUGCUUCUCUUUCUGGUUCAAGCCCUCCCAUGGGUAAUGGUCUUUUACCGAAUGGAGACCCCCAGGAUUCAGGAGUUUUUACAAAUAUUGAAGUCUUGAAUUCCAACUAUGAGCAACAUAAAAUGGAUUCUUUUCCUCUAGAGAGUUUGGUAGAUAGUGUGAAAUGUUAUGGUCUAAGAAUUGGUUCGCAAUUACGAUUCCGUCAUCUCGGUUUCUUUUUCAACUAUGGUGGUUUGGGAGGGAAUGAAUGUGGAGCUUAA